CGACUCAAGCUUCCAACUCUCAUAACAAACAAGUUCUCUUCAUCAAACCACUCGAACAAACUCAACCAACAAAACCUCAAACUCACAACAAUCCAAAAAUGGUCUCCCUCCGCAGCACCGUCCUCGCCGUCGCCCUAGCCGCGACCCAAGGCCUCGCCUACAGCGGCGACAUGACGUACUACACGCCCGGGCUCGGCGCCUGCGGGAAGUACAACACGGAGUCGGACCACAUCGUCGCUUUGGCACCCGCCCAGUACGGCUACGACGCCAACCCGAACAACGCGGCGGUGUGCGGGAAGACGAUCAAGAUCAGCUACGGGGGCAAGACGGCCACCGCCACCGUCGUCGACAAGUGCCCCGAGUGCGCCUCGGGCUCCAUCGACGUCAGUCCGGCCGUGUUCAAGGAGCUCGCGAGCUUGGAUAAGGGACGCGUUAAGGUUACUUGGAGCUAUGCCUAAGCGAUAUAUGGAAGAUGUUGGCUAGGGGCGA